GAAGCACAUCCUGGGGAGAAAAAUGCGCUGUGGACGCCUGUGCCAGUUCCUGUGGCUUUGGCCCUAUCUGUCUUAUGUUCAAGCUGUGCCCAUCCGAAAAGUCCAGGAUGACACCAAAACCCUCAUCAAGACUAUUGUCACCAGGAUCAAUGACAUUUCACACACGCAGUCGGUGUCCUCCAAGCAGAGGGUCACUGGUUUGGACUUCAUUCCUGGGCUUCACCCGGUCCUGAGUUUGUCCAAAAUGGACCAGACAUUGGCAGUCUACCAACAGAUCCUCACCAGUCUGCCUUCCCAAAAUGUGAUGCAAAUAUCUAAUGACCUGGAGAACCUCCGGGACCUUCUCCGCCUGCUGGCUUCCUCCAAGAGCUGCCCUCUGCCCCAGACCAGUGGUCUGGAGACUCUAGAGAGCCUGGAUGGUGUCCUGGAAGCCUCUCUCUAUUCCACAGAGGUAGUGGCUCUGAGCAGGCUGCAAGGGUCUCUACAGGGGAUGCUGAGGCAGCUGGACUUCAGCCCCAGAUGCUGA